AUGUUCGCCUUCGUUUUCAGCAAUUUGGCCUUGCGAAGCUUGUUGCUCGCAUACACUGUACCAUGGAGCACCUCCAACAUCUCAGGAUACUACCGGCUGUGCUUAUAUCUGCUCACGAUUGCCGGUGUAGUCUUCCGCUCGGAGCUAGCGAUCUUGGUGGGAACAAUCACCAUCUACUUGUUCAUCACUCGGAGGACAUCCAUCACAAGCGUCAUCAUCCCAGCUGGACUUGGUGGCCUCGUCAUUGGCCUACUCUGCACUGUACCUCUGGACUCGUUCUUAUGGCAAUCUUUCCCGCUAUGGCCUGAGUGGACGGGAUUCUACUACAACACUAUACAAGGGCAUUCAGCUGACUGGGGUGUCUCGCCAUGGCAUUACUACUUUGCAAAUGCCUUGCCACGAUUACUGCUGAACCCCGCAACCUAUUUGCUUUGCAUACCGGUUGCGGUCAUUAACACAUCGACAUCUAGACGAAGCCUGGAUGUUCUUGUUCCACUGCUUAGCUUUGUGGGGUUGUACAGCUUCCUUCCGCACAAGGAAUGGCGCUUCAUCCUCUACGUGAUUCCAGGUUUGACUGCCGUGGCUGCCGAUGGAGCAGCCUGGAUCUGGAACCGCAGAACAAAGUCGGUCGUAUACGCUACUCUAAGUUUAGCUUUACUAGGAUCAGUCCUGGUAUCCUUCAUUGCAUCCACUGCGAUUCUGGGUAUCUCCAGUCUCAACUAUCCCGGAGGCGAGGCCCUUCACACGCUACACAAGGAGAUGGAGCACCCGACUAAAAAUCACUUCAACGUAUACUUCGAUAACCUUGCUUGUCAGACAGGCGUCACGCGAUUCCUCGAGAGCCACAGAGGACCGCAGACAGUGCUCGAUGUCCUUGAAGCACAGGACACUUUGAACAGCAGAACAUGGACAUACGACAAGACUGAAGACCCAAACGUCCUGUUGGACCCAAUGUUUUGGAUCAAGUUCGACUAUGUUCUUGCCGAGAGCCCGGAGAAGGUUAUAGGUAGCUGGGAAGUGGUUCAUACUGUGUAUGGAUUUGGCGGAGUCAGGCUUCUGAAACCGGGAGAAGAAAGUGGCUUGCUAGUCGAGCACUCGGAUAGGGCCACUUCGCAAGAUAGGUGGGCGUCGAAGAUUGCAGCAACAUGGCAUGGGCUGGAAGGGUUGCUGAGGAAUAGCCUGUUGAGAGGUUACUGGGCUGAGAUACGGAUGGAGCCGAAGAUUCGUAUCCUGCAGAACCAGAUGAAGUAG